ACUACCACCUCAUCUAUACAUCACUUUUAUUAUAAAUAUAAACCUAUAUUUCAAAUAUGACACGUUAUGUUGAAGUCCCACUAUCUAAUAACUGGACAUUUUGGUACAAAGAUAAGUGCGCAGAGGAUGAUGAUUGGAGAACGAACUUCCAAAAGAUAUUCGAAGUAUCAACGGUUACACAAUUUAUCGAGGCCUACAAUCAAGCAAAACUGCCCUCUUGCUUGCCACUAGGAGCCAGUUAUUAUUUUUUCAAAAAUGGAAUACAGCCCAUGUGGGAAGAAGAACCGAAUAGAGGCGCUGGAGCUUGGAUAAUUACGGUUGCCAAUCGGAUUAAUAAUGAUUUGAAUUUGAUUUGGUCAGAUUUGUUGUUUAUGCUUAUAAGUGAUGGGUUUAAAGAGUUGUCGAGUUAUUUAUGUGGUAUUACAUGUAACGUGAGGCACAAACAAACACAAAAAGUUACGAUAUGGACAGUUAAAACUACAUUAGAAAAUUAUGAACAUAUAAUAAAGAUUGGAAGAAUUUUACUAGCCCUCAAACAAAACGUUUACGAAAUAAAAUCAAUAAAAUAUAAAUUACAUAAUAGAUUGUCAAAUAAUUUUAACUAUGUGUUAUAA